GACAAAGUCCAUGUUUUAUUAUCGUUCCGAGGGUUGAGAUGAUGGUGUACUUGAUCCCAUGCCUCGUUUUGAUGCUUCAUCUUUCAGCUGCAUCAGAGUCGGAAUAUUUUUCACAAAACGAAGAAGUUUCCAAAAGGUCGACAGAAACGUGUAAUAGUGUGUGCGCUCGAUAUCCCUAUUUCUGCCAUGGGAGGGGGCUGUGUGUUGAUGGAAAUACUACUUGGACGGUACAAUGUUUAUGCGACGGCCAUUACUGGGGGAGGAGAUGCCAAUUCAACUCUGAAUGUGAACAUUAUGACAAUGAAGAAUGUUUUUUCAAGAAAAUAAUCGGAAAACAUUCCCUAUUCAACAAUAAGAUUUGGUUUCCAGACAAUACGAAGCAAGGAGCAGUAAUUACGAUGGAAAGCAAGAAUGUAGCAAUAAAGGACAAUUAUCGCCUGGUGUUGUCCUACUCGAUGUCGGUAUGGGAGACCGAUUACAAAACCCGCCAUCCGGUCUUCAAGUCUCCGCGAGAGUUCGACGCCAUUGAGAUCAAGACGAGACUUUGUGGAAACGUGGGCCAGACCCCGCCAUGCUGGGGAGAUAACUCCGGACCACACUGUUCCGCUCCCCCGGACAGCAGGCCGUGUGUCUGGGCCUCGCACCUCGUGUACGCUUAUCACGUGACUGACGCGUACACCGACGACUGGCAGAGAACGACGUGUAUAGAUGUCAGCCCUAAAUGUCAACACAGGCACUAUUUUCAGUUUGGUCUGAAAGCCAAAUGCAACAACAGGAAUGGUUGUAACAGUAGGUGGAAUAACUCUUGGACCAAGGGCACAACGCUGUAUCAUUUCAGUGUAAAGGUCGAACCUGGAACGUGCCAAGACAGGGAAGGAAAUCAUUAAAGUGUUCAGAUGCUUUUGCCAAAUUAAAGUAUGUGAAUCAAUAA